GUAAUGAUCUCGAAGGAGUUUGCAGACGUUCUAAAAAAAGAGUGCAAGUAUAAUGACAGAGAAAUUGAUUUGUUGAGUUAUUUUGUGCAACCUGAGAUUGAACUGAUGAUGCCAUCUAUUCUAAUCGAAGGACCACCUUCGAGUGGCAAAACGUAUACCUUGAAUAAGUAUCUCAGUAUUUUGCAAGAUAAGUACGAAGUUCCAUCCAUUGUGAUACAAUGUGACUAUUGCUUCACUCAACGUGAAAUAUUAAGAAAAAUUCACAAAUCACUAAUGGUGCACUACGAAUUGGCAUUUACGUCCAUCGAGAAAAACAUUAUGGGUUGUGACGGGUUAGGAACGUUUCCAAGUAGCUUGAAGCAAAUGGUUAGGUUUCACAGAGCUUACAAUCGUGAUAACAAGAGGAAACCUGUUAUUGUGGUUCUUGAUAGGGUAGAUCGAUUGCCUCAGUAUGAGAAUCCUGGAGAACUUGUCAGGUGCUUGUCCAAAUUGCAUGAGCAAAGUGACGGUGAUUUGAGUGACUUUUGUUUUAUAUCUGUUGUGACGAGGUGUGACACUUUAGAUAUAGGCACUAGUUCUUUACCGACAGUCAAGUUCCAAAGUUUCAGUUUAGAUGCAUUUAAGAAUAUUCUUUUCCUGAAAUUUAAAGAUGAGUUUUGGAGCCAAGUUGAUGUUUGGAAGGAAAGAUAUGAGGAUGAGCCGAGUGAUGAGGAGAGCGAGGAGGGUUUUAGAAGUGUUUUGGAGAUAGACAGCGGUGAACAGGGGACGUUUUUCAAGCAAUUUAUUGAUAUGAUAAUCAAUACGUACACCUCUUAUGUUGGGUUGAGUCUGGAUGUGGUUGUGCCGAUACUACGUAGGAUCUGGCCUAUCUUUAUUGAUCCUGUUAUGAGGAAGGGAAAGAUAGUAAAGGGGAGUAACGAUGUGUUUACCACUUUCAUGAAGAACAAAAACCUUCUAGGACGAGAGUUUUCGGUGGUGACGAAACUUGAGAAUUCAGAUAUGUCCUUAUUAGAUCACCAAAGACGAGAUGCUGUGGGUGAUCUUGAGAGAACGAAAGUAAGCGAAAAUAAGAAGGGACACUACGAUUUAUCGAUCAAAACAAAGUAUUUAGUCAUAGCUGCGUUUCUUGCCUCAUACAAUGAGCCCAAGUUCGACCGACAGUUUUUCAGCAAGGGAAACCAAUACAACUCCAUUGUGAAACAACGACAGAAGAGGGUAAAGACGAGCGACAAAGGGGAGGGGAAGUUGAGGAGAGAUAUGUCUGCUGCUCUUCCGUUCCGACUCGAGAGGCUGCUAGCAAUACUCAACUCAAUCUGGGCGGAAAACAUCGGCGAGGUGGAGCUAUUUGACGAUGUUGAAUUGAUGAGCGAGAUUGCGACGCUUGCGUCGUUGAAGACGUUGAUCAAGUUGAAGAACGGAGACACGAUUGGUGGGCAGACGAAGUGGAAGUGCAACGUCCACUGGAAUGUUGUCAAGAAGUUUGCUGCGGACGUCGGGUUUGUGAUCGAGAACCAUCUACAGGACUGAAACUGAGUAGAGUCUAUAAGAGUC